UGUUUGCAUUCAUCUCAUGCAAUUGGAUAGAGAAAGGCAAGAAUAAACAUGGAGGCUGUAUGUCUCCCCAUAUGGUACUGACAGCAUCCUCUUGUCUGUCAGGUGUCUUGGUCAGGCUAUUCAGUGUGGUUUGAUCAUAGUCAUCCUUAUUCAUCAAAAUGCAUCAGUGAUUUGCGGAGCCCUCUCAAGCACCCUCAUCUCCCUGCAUCCUCUCAGCAAAGAACUUCAAGGUCAUAAUAUCUUACUCACCAUGCUGGUCCUUGCUUUGCUCUGAUCACAAAUAUAGACUAGGUCAGUGGGUGCUUUUUUCACUCCAAUGGACUGUUCUUAAAAGAUACACAGAGCUGAGCUUUCAUCUGCCAAUAACGAGUCUAAUGGAAACUCAGCCUCUCAGCAGCAAGAUACAGGACUCAACAAUGGAAGAAUCCCAUGACUGACCAUUAAUCCCAAAGCUCUUCUCAGUGGUAUAAGUGAAACCUUAUGAAAAACAUGAACUGGAUGGCCAAUUACACUGGAGAGUCUGAUUUCAUCCUGGUGGGAAUCUUCAGUCAAUCAAAUCACCCAGCUCUCCUGUGUGUGGUCAUUUUUGUAGUUUUCUUGAUGGCUUUAACUGGGAAUGCUGUCCUGAUUCUUCUGAUACAUUUUGAUGCUCACCUCCACACUCCUAUGUACUUUUUCAUCAGCCAGUUGUCUCUCAUGGAUGUAAUGUACAUUUCUAUCACUGUGCCCAAGAUGCUCAUAGACCAGAUCAUGGGUAUAAGUAAUAUAUCAGCCCCUGAGUGUGGAAUGCAAAUGUUUCUCUAUGUGACACUAGCGGGUUCAGAAUGUUUUCUUCUAGCCACCAUGGCCUAUGAUCGCUAUAUGGCCAUCUGCCAUCCUCUUCAUUACCCUGUCCUCAUGAACCACAGAUUGUGUCUUCUACUGGCAUCUGGCUGCUGGUUUCUGGGAUCUGUGGAUGGAUUUAUGCUCACGCCCAUCACUAUGACGUUCCCUUUCUGCAGAUCCCGGGAGAUCCAUCAUUUCUUCUGUGAAGUCCCUGCUGUAAUGAAGCUCUCCUGCUCAGAUACCUCCCUUUAUGAGACAGUCAUGUACCUGUGCUGUGUCCUCAUGCUCCUCAUCCCUGUGACAGUCAUUUCAAGCUCCUAUUAUUUCAUCCUCCUCACCAUCCACAGGAUGAAUUUAGCAGAGGGUCAGAAGAAGGCCUUUGCCACUUGUUCUUCCCAUAUGACUGUGGUCAUUCUCUUCUAUGGGGCUGCUGUCUAUACCUACAUGCUCCCCACCUCCUAUCACACCUCUGAGAAGGACAUGAUUGUAUCUGUCUUUUAUACCAUCCUCACUCCUGGAUUAAAUCCUUUAAUCUACAGUCUCAGGAAUAAGAAUGUCAUGGGAGCACUGAAGAAAAUGUUGAAUGUGGGACCUGUUUUUCAAGAAACUAUAAAAUAGAAACUUUUUAUAUUAAUUAUUUCAUUCUUUUUUUCCAAACAUUAUAACUCCAGAAUCUUUUGCCAGUGAUAUUUCUUAAACUUUCAUCUCAUAAUGCCUCAUAUAAUUUGCAUACCUCUUUUAGGAAUUGCUUCUGUGUACUACAAAGCUCUUUGAUUAGAUACCAUUUCCCCAUUUAAAAUGAAUUUUACUAUCAUAUUGUCCUGACAUUACACUUACUGACAUUGAUUAUUACAUAUUCUGUAGGAGAAUAUACAUACUUAUAGAAAAUACAUUAUGAGAAUAUGGAGUGGUAAAGGUUAUGAGGUGGUAUUAAAUU